AUGCAUCGCGAAACUUCUCAAUCUAUGUCUUUCCCAAAACCACCUCCAAUAGCACAAUACAAGAAAGAUCCCCUGAUACUCAAGACUUUGGAUUCAAGGAUAUCUUUUGAUAAAGAAGCCAAUCAAUGGAUACUAACUGACACUACUGGAGAGUAUCAGUUCAACAACAUCCUUGAAAAAUGGAUUAAAAUAGGAAAGCAUGUUUUAAACGAUGAGGAAAUCGAAGAAGAAGCUAACAAAGAAGAGAUCAAACGAAUCAAGAAACAGAAGCUCGAAGAGAUCAAGAAUCGUAUAAAUGAAUUCAAAAACAGAAAUACUAGUGUUUUCAUCACCGGAUUACCUAAUGAUAUCACAGAAGAAGAAAUGGUGGAAAUAUUUGGUAAGUAUGGAACUAUACUAAAGGAUAAGACUGGUGAUUCUAGGGUGAAAUUAUAUUAUAAUGACAAAGGAGUAUUCAAGAAUGAAGGACUUGUGAUAUUUGAAAACCAAUCAUCGGUUUCCUUAUCCAUCCAAAUGUUAGAUGGAACUGAAAUCAAAGGACUGAAAGUAAAGAUCGAACCUGCUGAUUUUAAACAACAAAAGGAUAGUGCUAAAGCCAAGAUCUUUUCCAAGAUCGUUGUUAUAGAGAAUAUGUUUAGAAAAGAAGAAUUGAAUGAAGAUUUAAAGAAAGAUAUCGAAGAAGAUUUAUACCAAGAAUGUUCCAAACAUAAAAUAGAAGAUAUCUUAAAGAUAGCAUUUUUUGAAAACGAUAAGGUUAUUACCAUCAAAUUCAAAUCUGUAGAUUCCAUGGAGAAAGUGUUGAAGACGUUUAAUGAUAGAUUUUAUGAUGGGUUGAAACUUAAAGUUGCAAAAUUUAAUGGGGAAAAGUAUACUUAA